AUGAAGAGAAAGUCUGGACUGCCAGAAAUUAGUAAUUCAAUUGAUCAUCACUUCAAAAAGCUUAAAUCUGAAACAAUAUGUGAAAUUCCACAAAAAGAAGAACAUCAAGUAGAUCAUGAACAAGAAUUAGUAAAACUAAUUCUAUCCGAUAAUUUAUUAAAAAUUCCUCAAGGCUUGAAAGAUCAACUCGGAGGAAACAAAGUUAAAGUACUCCAUAUUAAUUUCCAUAAAAUAGAUUAUACACUCCCAAAACUUGAUGAUACCAUUUCAUAUAUUACUACUGUUACAACUAAUCAAUUAAAUAAUUUAAUAAUUGCCAUAACUACCAAGAAUCAAUGUUAUGUGUUUGAUUCAGAAUGUAAAUCAUGGAAACUUAAAUUUAAAUUACCAUUAUAUAGUUCAUAUCUGAUUGACAGUCAAUUUGAGAAUGUUUAUAUUGGAGCAAGAGGUGGUAUUAUUAAGAAAUUUAAAAUAUUAGAUCAUGUGACGGAUUAUUCAACAGAAUCUCCUAUUUGGGAAAGUAAGAUUAGUUCACACUAUGAAAUGUGUUGUGCUAAAUCAAAGAAUGAACUAUAUAUCAGACAUAAUAUUAAUACAAUCUAUGUAAUGGAUUUAUUGAAUGGAUCAAAAAUAAGAGAAAUUAAACUAAAUCAACCAAAUUAUACUAUUGUUGAUGUAUUACAUGUGGAUGAAAAGGAGGGACAGUUAUAUCUUUUAUUUAAAGAUAUACUUAAUGGUUACGAACAAUUACAUUAUUUAAUCUUGAAGGAUGAAAAAUCUGGAAUUGAAAUUAAAAUUGACACAUUUGAUGAAGCAAUUGUGUCAAUAAUUCCAUAUUAUGAACAUUAUUUCAUUAGCUUGACAAGGAAUGGAGAAGCUUAUUUAUAUGAAAAGAAAACAAAUAAUUUGUUACAUACUUUUACUGUUUCUAAAUAUUUAAAUGUUGCUCAUUUUGAUAAUAAUUUCAAAAGGUUGUACUUUUCUCCUACCCAUAGUGCUGAUAGUUGCAAUGUUGCUCAAUUUAUUAUUGAAACCAGUGUUGAAAAUGUGCCACUCACAAGAGAAUCAUGUCUUUCUCUUGCAAAAUUGAGUGUUAAAUUUCCCUCAUUAAUAAUAAGAGAAUAUGGUGAGAGUGUGAUGCCAGAAUGUUUGCAAUUUUUAAAAGAUAUUGAUUUUGGAAAUAAGAAAUUGUGGUUUUUUGAUAAGGAAAUUACUAAAUGCUUUCAAUUGGACUUUGAAAAUGAGUAUUUUGAAAUUCCAGAUGAACAUGAUGAUGUUAUUGUAAUCGGAGAAAGUAAUGAAGAAAUGGAGGAUGAAAAAUAUCAAGUUUGCAUCUAUGUAAGAAAAUCAGAAGUUUCGAAUAAUUAUGAUUUUCCAGUUUAUUUACAUUACAAAGAAUCACUCAAAGAUGGUUUUUUGAAAACAAAGAGUUUAAAAUUUUCAGAAUUCAUUUCAAAAUUGACACUAUCUGAAUCCAUUAUCAUUCAGCAUAACCGUUCAACAUAUCUUAUUAACUUUGAAAUGAUUUAUGAAGAAUUGAUUCAAAAAUCAAUCAUUCAUCCUCAAACUAAACUUAUUGAUAAUAUCCUUGUUGAGAAGUAUAGGAAAAUGAUGUGUGGAGUUGACAAAGAGGAUUACUUUGAAUUAGCACGAAAAUUUAACAGUUCAACAAUCAAAUUUGAUAAUACUCUAUUUCUACAGAUGGAUUUGAUUGCCUUGGCUAUAGAUUGUUGUUCUGAAAUUUCGUUCUUUAAAAUCAAAUAG